AUGAGCUUCAACCCUUUCGAAGAGGCGCCAGCUGCGCCGGGGAGCUCCGGCGGAUGUCCAGAAGGAUUUGAGCCUUUUGGAGCCGUUUGCUACUAUUUUGGCGAUCACUCGAGCUACGUGUCGGCAAGUGCGAGUUGCAUGAAAUACAAUGCGAUGCUUGCAAGCGUCAACGAUCGUAAUAUCGAUUACUUGGUGACGAUGGUUGGCGAAAAAAGUGGCAACGAUGUUUGGGUUGGUGACUCGAACGUUCGUGGCCGCCCAGUAAAACGUACAGCCAAGUCUUGCCCGAUGAUGAAGGGCUCUGGCCCGGAUCAGAAGGUUAUGGCAGCCGAUUGCACCUCUGCCAACCCGUACAUCUGUGAGUUUCAACCUGGAAGACCUCCAAUGAUGCCUGGCGGAGGCUUCGGCGGUGGAGGCUACGCUCCACCAGCACCGUACGCACCUCCUGCUGCCAAUCCGUAUCCUGCUAACUACGGUCCCCCGGCGGGAGCUGCCCCUUACAAUCCUUAUCCGCCUGCUUCCGGUGCAGGAUAUCCUCCACCAGCGGGGGCUUAUCCUCCUCCAGCUAGUCAGCCAGAAACCUUCCCCAACUAUGGUCUCCCAGAGUCAGUUGCAGCAGCACCGACAGAAUCUCCUGAUCCUCCCGUGCCUGACGUUGAACCAGAACCUAAGCCAGGCAGUAAAACUUCAAAAGCCCUCGUCCCAAUCAUGAUCGUUUUGCUAAUCUGCCUAGCCUUCUUCGCCUAUAAAUAUUGGAAGAAAAACUUUUCCGGAAAGCCCUCAAAAUCAAUCAUUCCAGCUAAGAGGCCUUCCAACGAUGAUGGAACACGACUACAGCCAAAUACGCCAAAUGAGAUUCCAUGGAACCCGCCGCAGAGCUUUGAAAAUCCAGUCUUUCAGCAGGAUCAGGAACAGAGUCGAGUUGCUUCACACGAGCAGCAUCAUGAGAUGGAGCAAUUCAGACCGCCGAGUUACGAGAGCUCGCAAGUACCGGCCGGAAUGACGAUGGACGAUCCACGCGAUGAUCACAAGACGAUAUCGCGAAGCAAGUCGGGCAGAUCUCGUGGAGGAAGAUACAACGAGCAAGAUUAUGCCUCUGAAAGCCACCAAGUUCCACCACCUAAUCGGCGACGAGAUGAGUCCGAGUUCGAACUCGCCGAAGGUCUGCCAGCCAAUGAAUGGGGUAGAGGAGAUGUCUUCAAUCAAAUGAUUUCACCAGAAACUGGCGGGCCGCCGAACUCAAUGACAUGGCAGAGAGACUAUCGACAGCAGUUCCAUGAUCAAGAAAAAGGAUACGAUCCUAACAAAGUCUAUGAACUGCAAGCAUUUGAUUCACGAGAUAGCUACGACCCUCAUUUACCAGACGUAGUACAGCACCAGCCUCCAGAAUUCAACGUUCCAACUGGCCGUCAAUCUUACGGUCGCCGGGAAUCAAACGUAAUGCCAUCGCGACCUCCGCCACCAGAAAGGAUCCGUUCAGUCCGCGAGGACAUGAUGAAGGCAAGGACAAUGUUGCCCGACGCACCAAAAGGAAAUGGUUGGGACCGGUCCACGCUGUCACGGAAUGGAGUGGAAGAAAACCGAGCUGACGCUCCGCAGUACCGAGCCGCUCCACCGCGACCGGGUGAAGCUGUCAUUCGCAACGUGCCAAGCACCUACCAGCCGGGCCAAGGAGAGCAGAAAGACAAACUUUGGGCGGCGGCCUUCCACUCGUUGGUGACAGGCGAAGAGCUACCAAAUAAAACCGCAGAAGACUUCAAAACAAUGCAGAAUCCACCGGCAAAUCCACUUCGAGCAAAUGAAAGCCGGGAAUCUGGUGGCACAAAUGACGAUAUUCCUAGAGCAUAUGGACAGAAUAAUGACAAUAUCGAAAUUAUGAAGAUGGACAGCUUCGAAAUCGGCCGCAACGUAGAACAAGUUUCUUCCAAUAAACUGCGAGACGUUCCCGACUCUGGACCAAAAUCAAUCCCAGUUCCAGUAACACAGAUUCCUUUGGGACGAGAAGCCAGAAUGGAAAAUUUAACUCUUCGCGAUCUCGACCAAGCACUCAAAGAGUACAAGGUCGAAAAAGAAGACGGCGUCGAGUUUACGCAAAUCGACCUGAAGGUUCCCGAAAUCGGACGCCCCGCCGACUAUAACGAUGGCGAAAUCUUUGACGACCUCGACAGCGACGACGAUGAGCUAGACGUGGGUGCUCGUGUUGCCAAGCCAGAAACGACCGAUCAGUUCAGAAAGUCACAGAUCAUGAAUCUCAAAAGCCAAUAA